GCGGAAAUGCCACAGAUGCCGAUGCGCUGGUCGGCGUGGUGGCCAAUGUGGGAGGGGGUGUCAUCAGUGUCAGAACCAAUGGCGUGGUGUCAGCGUACGAGACACGACACGACGCGUUGACACGAGGACUGGAGCAGUGGACGUACAUGCUGGGUGAUGGGAGUGCCAGUGGGAAUACACAACUGGAGCUGAAGUAUCGCAACAGCGGCAAGGAUGUGCAAGGACCCAAGGUAUAUGCAGGUGUAAUGUGA